AUGACCAAGAGCUACCGUGGGGCAUUAUCAGAAGAUGAUAGGAGAAAGGGAUUGACUCAAACAUUUGAGUUGGCUGAAGAAUGUUUGCAAAUAAAUUAUUAUGGUGCUAAAUUAACUACUCAAUCACUUCUUCCCCUCCUUAAGUUAUCUGAUUCACCAAGAAUUGUGAAUGUAUCAUCCACUUUGGGGCAGUUUGAGAGUAUACCAAAUGGAUGGGCAAAAAGUGUAUUAAGUGAUUUUGAUAACCUUACAGAAGAGAAAGUGGAUCAAGUAUUGAAGAAAUUUCUAAAAGAUUUCAAUGAAAGUUCUAUAGAAGGCAAUGAUUGGCCUAUGACUUUGGGUGCCUAUAUAAUUGUUUUAUCGGAGCGAAGAGACUUCCUUUUGAUUAGUAAUAAAUUUUUAUGGAUUAAGACACUUUUAUUGGAGCGAAGUGUAUGAUGGAGACAUUUGUUAGUAGUUUUAUGUAAUGUUGAUGAUCACUCGUUUACACUGUUUAUAAGUUCACUGUCGGCAAUUUUUGUACAA